GUUUAAUGUCUGAAGUGGAAGAAUGUGAAUGGAUUUUUUGGGCCACAGUGGAAAGCUGAGCGAAGCCUGUGAAUUCAAGUUCAAGAGGAGGUUUGCCAAAAUGCCCCUGUCUGACCUGUAAGAUGGUUCUCAUACUGGGUUCUUCUGGGGGAGAUUGCCAAGUUAAGAGUCUGCGUGUGGAGAGGGCUUUAUUAGGAUUUUUCAAAGGACAGUAUUAGGUACAGAUUUGUUCAGCUAUUCUUCCCAUUAAAAGCAUAUCAAAAUUUGGAUAGUGUGAAGAUACGGACAAUUGAAAAUGAGGAAAUUGUUCUCAUGCUUGCUACUUAUUGCCUCCUUAAAAUUUAUCCACGGUGACCAUGACUACUGAAGUUGGUUCCGAGUCCGAAGUGAACAAGCAGGCUGAGCAAAUAGGAUCAGGCGCUGCACAGGAGAAACCUGAUGAAGAAGCAUCAGAAAGUCAGCAGAAUGCAUCCUUGGAACCUGAGGAGGAAAAACGUCCAGUGUCCCCCACUGCCAGCAAAAGCCCCCGGAGUCAGAAGAAAGAAAAGGAUCCUUCAGAGAGUCGGGGUAUCUCUCGCUUCAUACCCCCAUGGCUUAAGAAACAGAAGUCUUACAGCUUGGUAGAGGCUAAAGAUGGAGUUGAAAGGAAGGAACCCACUGAGGCUGUGGUUGAAGAGCCCAUAGUAGAAAAAGAUGAAUCCCUUCCAGAAGAGGGGAGGGUAGCCAAGGGUGAUGCAGAAGAAAUCCUUGAGAGAAAACGGCAGGAUGUUAAAGUUGAUGAGAAAGAUGAGAAACAUUCAGUCAGCAGUGCUGAGACGCAGCCUGCUAAAGAAGAUAGUAAAGAGAUAGAAGUGGCAAAGGUUGAAGGAAUCCAGGAAGACAAACGAGAAGGGGAAACAGCUAAAAGAGAAACUAAGGAAGUUCAAACUGCUGAGCUUAAGGCAGCUCAGAAGGUUUCCAAGAAGUUAAAAACCGUCCCAUGUAAGGUGAUGCUCCUCGAUGGCACGGAAUACAGCUGUGACCUAGAGAAACGUGCUACGGGUCAAGUAUUAUUUGACAAAGUAUGUGAACAACUCAAUUUACUGGAGAAGGACUAUUUUGGACUUUUAUUUCAAGAAAAUGAUCAGAAGAGCUGGCUGGAUCCUUCAAAGGAAAUCAAGAAACAAGUUCGAAAUCUUCCCUGGAUAUUCACAUUUAAUGUGAAAUUUUAUCCUCCUGAUCCUUCACAACUGACUGAAGACAUCACCAGAUAUUUCCUGUGCCUUCAGCUUCGACAGGAUAUUGCUUCUGGACGCCUACCCUGUUCUUUUGUGACUCAUGCUCUCCUUGGUUCAUAUACACUGCAAGCUGAGCUUGGUGACUAUGACCCAGAGGAACACAGCAGCGAUUACAUCAGUGAAUUUCAGUUUGCUCCCAAUCAAACUAAGGAGAUGGAAGAGAAAGUAGUAGAGCUGCACAAAACUCAUAGGGGCUUAUCUCCAGCACAAGCUGAUUCUCAGUUCUUAGAAAAUGCAAAGAGACUUUCCAUGUAUGGUGUAGAUCUACAUCAUGCCAAGGAUUCAGAAGGUGUGGACAUCAAGCUGGGUGUAUGUGCUAAUGGACUGCUUAUUUAUAAGGACAGACUCAGAAUUAAUCGAUUUGCCUGGCCUAAAAUCCUGAAAAUUUCCUACAAGCGCAGUAACUUCUAUAUUAAAGUCAGGCCAGCAGAGCUGGAACAAUUUGAGAGCACCAUUGGGUUUAAACUGCCAAACCACCGGGCUGCUAAAAGGUUAUGGAAAGUGUGUGUGGAGCAUCAUACUUUCUACAGGCUUGUGUCACCAGAACAGCCACCAAAGGCUAAGUUCCUCACUUUGGGGUCUAAGUUCCGAUAUAGUGGCCGUACUCAAGCACAGACCCGACAGGCAAGCACUCUCAUAGACAGACCAGCUCCAUAUUUUGAGCGUACCUCUAGCAAACGGGUGUCAAGAAGUCUUGAUGGAGCACCUAUUGGUGUUGUGGACCAAAAGGAGAUCUCUGGCCCUGCUGGUGAUGUUUCUGUUUAUGGCCCUGGAGUUGCUGGCCAAGGCAUAUUUCAAGAUGGAGAUGGCAAAAGGGAGGUCAGAAGCCCAACCAAAACUCCACAGUUACAGUUUACUACUGAAGGAAAGUCCAUUUCCAUAUACCCACCAUCACCUCCCAUCCACUGUGUUUCACCUCGAUCUGCAAACCUAUUGCCAAUCCCUGAAAUGGAAGUGCUUUCCGACAUUUCAGAGGAAGACCUCUUUGGGGAGGUGGAUCAGAUCACUUUAGAGAGCUUGGAAUUCAAUUCUCUAAGUGAAACCUCAGGGCAUGGUGAUACUGAAGUAUCCCCCCUUGAUUCUAUGUUGGAUCUUCCCUUAUCCCCAGCUAAACACUGCUGUCCUUCUCCAAUCCAUGGGAAAACUCUUAAAGGUGCUGACUACCAAGAUACUGUGUUUGGUUACUUUUCAUUCAAUUUCUGCAAAUGCUUUCCCACCAACUUCCCUUCACUGCUUGAUGAAGAUGGGUACCUCACUUUCCCCAGCCUCCCCAAGGUUUGCGUCUCCUUCCUCCCUGCUGACCUGCAGCAUUAUGUUCCUAUCACAUCGCCUUCAUUUAUUCCUUCUUUUCUCCUCAUCUUUGGGCUGCUGCUUUCUGCUUUCCAGUCCGUUCCUUUCUCACUCACCUUUUCCCUUCCUCUCGCUCUAUCUCUCUGCUACCUGGAGCCUAAGACAACUUCAUUAAACACCUCUUAUGACAAUGACCUGCAUGACAAAGCAGAGGAAGAGGAGGCGGGGACUGAAGAAGAGGAAACACAUUUGGAGGACCUGGAUAAGACCCAGGACGACAUACUGAAACAUCAGGCUAGCAUUAGUGAACUCAAGCGCCAUUUUAUGGAAUCCACACCUGAACCACGCCCCAAUGAGUGGGAAAAGCGGCGUAUCACACCUUUGUCCCAACAGACACAAGGGAGAAAAGAUCAUCUUUUCAAAAUGGAUAUUUUGCCUGUGAAGGAGAAACAACAGAUCCCAGCAGUCCUGAUUGUUGAAGAAAAAGUUCAGGAGACAGACAAGAGCCUAGAAGAGGAGAUAACAUCAAGUUUAUUUAGUAAAGAGGGCUUUUCUGCUAACACGAAAGCCACCUUCACAUCUACCAGCAUUCGGACAGCAGAGGGCUCUGUUGUGAAUUAUAGUGUACCUUCUGAAAUGCUUUCUUCCUCGCCCUUCUCACAGUUGUUUGAGAAACGUGCUCCCACAGCAGAAGGGCCUUGUUCUGGAGCCAACGAUGCUGUUAAGAGUUCACAUGAGACUCUGAAUGUAGUGGAGGUGAAGAAGCAGGCAGAGGUUGGGAAAGAAGAGAGAGUAAUCACAGAAGGCGUGAAUGGUAGAGACAAAGUACCACCUGGGAGUGAUUCUGGGGAGACUCGUAAGGUGGAGCCUCUGACACACAAGGACUCCCCCUCCCUGUCUUCGGAAAACAGCAGCAGUAGCAGCAGUGAAAGUGAGGAAGAAGAUGUGGGAGAAUACCGACCCCACCACCGUGUGACUGAGGGGACCAUCCGGGAAGAGCAGGAGGAAAAUGAGGAAGAGGUGGAGGAGGAGAAGGAAGAGCAAGCAUCAAAGGUAGUACAGUGUAUGGAAGCAGUGCCAGAAGCCAGCUCAGUAAAGCAAAUCACAGUAGAAACAGUCCAGGAAAAUGUAGUUUCCCAAAAGAGCUCUGGAGAGAAGAGUUUAAAAGAAGGAGAUAAGCAAGACAUAAGAGAAGAAACUGAGGAAGAACAGCACAAAGUAAACGGAGAGGUGUCUCAUGUUGACAUUGAUGUUUUGCCAGAAAUAAUUUGUUGUUCAGAGCCACCAGUGGUAAAAACAGAGAUGGUAACUAUUUCUGAUGCUUCACAAAGAACAGAAAUAUCUACCAAGGAAGUCCCAAUUGUCCAGACAGAGACCAAAACCAUCACUUAUGAAUCUCCACAGAUUGAUGGUGGUGCUGGUGGUGAUGCUGGAACAUUAUUGACUGCACAAACUAUCACUUCUGAAUCUGUGUCUACAACUACAACCACACACAUCACAAAGACAGUAAAAGGUGGAGUGUCUGAAACAAGAAUUGAGAAACGAAUUGUCAUCACGGGAGAUGCCGAUAUUGAUCAUGAUCAGGCAUUGGCACAGGCAAUUAAGGAAGCCAAAGAGCAGCACCCUGACAUGUCAGUCACAAGAGUGGUGGUGCAUAAAGAGACGGGAGUUGAAGAAGAGGAAGAAUAAAGUACGAAAUGUUCUUUUCAAAUUACAUUCAACUCUGUGAACAUGAAGAAUUUCUGACCAAUCCUAGUCUUGAUACCACACCACUACUCCAAUGAAUUUAUACCACAAGCGGUAAUAAUGACCAGGCACCUGAAGAUUAAAAUGCCAACACCAAACUUUACCAUAACAUCUCUGGUCUAUACUGUUUCCUGACAUCUUAAUUAUUAUUCAUCUUUUUUAUUUUGUAUAACCACUUCCUAAUAUUGUUAGUUUUUAUUUUAUUUUUAUUUUUCAAAAUUUAGGAUUUGUCUUUGACUUUGUGUACAACUACCUGCUAAUUAUGCCUGCUUUCUGAUCAAAUGAUAGUGAACAAAGCCAGCCUCAGCUGUCAGGUGCUGUUCACUUGAACAGGUGCUGUUGUACAAAAAAGGAAAAUCUUUGACUAAUUUAGAUAGGGGAUUUUCCCCCUGACUCUUGUCAACUGAAAUCUUACUGGAAUAAUUUACAGAUUUUUCAGAUUGAGGUCAAUAUACUGCCUAAGAUAAUAUUACAAAGUAGGGUUGUUUUUUUUUUUAAUUUCCUACAUUUUGAAAAAUUUUGGUCAUGUUUGAGAAUUUCUCUUGAGAUAUAUUUUAUAUUGAGCCCUCUUAACUCUUUCAUUCCAAAUGCUCUUUACUUUCAUCAGAAAGUAAGGGACAGAUUCUCCCGAUUAGAGAGAGUUAUGAAGGAGGCCCAUGGGCACUGUUCUUGAAACCUUGUUGUAUUGCAGUGCAGAUAAUAAUUUCUCAGCUGGUUCUCAGACUAUCAGUCUCCUGAAACAUUCCAGAAGAAGGAGGGAAGGAAGGAAAGACAUUUCUUCCCUCUUAUUAAAAGAUAUAGGCAGCUUAAAACCUUAGUGCUUUUCUCUUAACAAGUCCAAAUUUCAAAAUUUUCCAUUAUUUGCACCCUCGUGUAGAAUGCUUGCUUUUUAUUAAACCUCAUUCAUUGUCUACAUGUUUAAAAAAAAAACUGACCCUCUUUUGUUGCUGAGAAGGUAGAUGUGUUUCAGUUAGUGUCUGAAGAUUCAUGCAGGUUUUAAAGGAUGCUGAGGGAAAGGGAUAGGUGCUAGGAUGGUUUUUUUGGUGGUGAUAAGAAAGCUACACCAUUUGAAGCUAUCACCAGAGACACCAGAAAGGGGACUUAAGAUUAACUGUGUUGAAAUUUCAUUUUAUUUUUUGUUGUUGUUAUUUUGUUUUGUUUUGUUUUUGGCUGUUGACUCUGUCUGUAGUUACAAUGCCAGAUUAGAUUUAUAGCAGCUUGAAAUUGUAUUAAGGUGAUAUUUUGCUUUCUGUAAUACUGUUAUAAAAUAAAAUUUGUUUAUUCUCUAA